AAGUGGAUUGGUAGCAUUGCACGAACUGUCAACGUCAUUGUAUUUUGUGGUUAUGGUAAAUUUUUGGGGUGCCACGUAAUUUUGUUCUCAAACACAAUUAUGGGGAACUCUACCAGCGUUGAUAUUCCUGGAGGAGGUACAGAGGGUUAUCACGUGUUAAGGGUGCAAGAAAAUUCGCCCGGUAGUAAGGCAGGUUUAGAGGCUUUUUUUGACUUUAUUGUUGCAAUAAAUGGUACUCGUUUAGAUCAAGAUAAUGACACUCUUAAGCAAAUAUUGAAAAACGGAAUUGGAAAACAGCUCCCAAUGACGGUUUUUAGUAGUAAAACCCAGAGCGUACGAAGUGUCACAAUAGAACCGAGCGAUUCGUGGGGCGGACAAGGUCUUUUAGGCGUCAGUAUCCGUUUUUGUUCGUUUGAGGGGGCUAAUGAGAACGUAUGGCAUGUUUUGGAAGUAAAUCCCGAUUCACCAGCCGACCUCGCAGGGCUACGGUCAUUUACCGAUUACAUAAUAGGGGCCGAUUCAGUUUUACAUGAAAGUGAGGAUUUAUUUGCGUUGAUUGAAAGUCACGAGGGGCGCAGUCUCAAGUUAUAUGUUUAUAACUCUAUUGAUGACUCAUGUAGGGAAAUUACAAUAACCCCCAACUCAAAUUGGGGAGGGGAAGGGUCACUAGGUUGUGGAAUUGGUUACGGAUAUUUGCAUCGAAUUCCAGUACGCGGAAACCCCCCAGCACCCACACAAGCCACUUUCAAGCCUCCGCCGGCUACAAGCUUUAAUCCUCCACCUUUAACACCAGUGUCCGCAUUCAACCCUCCUCCUGUAUCAAGUUUUAACCCUCCACCUCCAACUCCGGUGUCUGCAUUUAAUCCCCCUCCUGUAUCAACUGUAAAUCCCCCAACUCCAAUUCCUGUGUCGACUAUAAACCCUCCAACCCCAGUGCCAUCUUCACUAUUCAAUGAUCAAGCUCCGAAAAUGACUGAAUCAGAGCCAGUAUUGCCAACCAUGGUCGAAAUGCCAUCUAGUUUCACUAUCGGGGGGAAUUACCCGAUUCCUCCAAGUACCGGGGGUACUUAUCUAGUGUCUUCACCCCAAAUUAAUCAAACAGCAACAGUAGAUACUAUUCCAGGUUUACCAACCUAUACAGGGGUAGCAACACCGUUUCAACCCCCCACUAACCUCACAACAACCCCAAGUUUAGCCGCGUUUAGUUACCCCCAAGUGAGUUUAUCUCAAGUACCGAUACAAAGUCAAUCACACUACCCACAAGUCGUCAUGCCUCCCACAACUGGGGUACAAAAUUUCCCACAAACGUCACAACCACUGAUUUUUGAUCCCACAAUAGCCGCAAGGUCUGCGCAGCAAUUACUGAGUGGGAGUAAUAAUUCUGUUAGUUAGAUUUUAAAUCAUUUUUUGUUAUAAUUUAUAUUAUUGUAAUAAAAGGUAUAUUUUAAAGAAA